UUCUAUUUCACCGUCGACGACCAGCUACUUUAUCUGUCCUUCUUUCAGGACUGGGGCCCACUCAAUCUUGCAAUGGUAUACAAAGCUUGCAUACUGAUACACGAGCUCCUAGAGGAUAAAGAUCUUGCAUCUCAUAGACUGGUUCUAUACUCUUCUGAUGAUCCCAGAAGAAAAGCAAACGCUGCGCUUUUGAUGGCUCUUUACGUGAUGAUCGUGCAACGCCGCGCACCAUGGGAGGCUUUCCAUCCAAUUGCGGAAGUAGAGUUCAUGCCCUUCAGAGACGCAGGUCGUGGGCCCUCCGAUUUUAAUCUCAACAUUCAAGAUUGCCUAUGGGGGCUAUGGAAGGCAAUGCAAAACGGGCUUUGCGAUAUGAAUGAGUUCAGCGUGGAGGACUAUGAAUAUUAUGAGAAGGUCGAGAACGGUGAUUGGAACUGGAUAACGCCAAACUUCAUCGCCUUUGCCUCUCCUGUCGACUCAACGUGGUUAAAGAAAGAAAAGGAAGCAAGGCAAUCAAUAAGCGGCUCCCCAUCUCCCACACACCCUUCUCCACCGCCAUCAUCGAAUGGCCUUGCCCUGCAGCGUAAGUUACCCACACCCUUUCUCAACUGUUUGGACUAUUUCGAGAAACGAAAUAUCAAGAUGGUCGUUCGCCUCAAUACCCAUCUGUACGACAGGCAGGUGUUUUUAGAUCAUGGGAUAGAUCAUAUGGAGCUCUAUUUCGACGAUGGCACGAACCCCACAGACGAAAUUGUGCGUACGUUCAUUGAUGUAGCGGAUCGAAUAAUAGAUGGUGGGGGCGUAGUUGCUGUGCACUGCAAAGCCGGUUUAGGACGAACCGGUACCCUCAUUGGUGCAUACCUGAUAUGGAAAUACGGCUUUACAGCUAGUGAAGCAAUUGCAUUCAUGCGUAUCGUCCGUCCUGGAAGUGUCGUAGGUCCUCAGCAACAGUAUAUGUAUCUCAAGCAGCUGGAAUGGUCCAAG